AUGCUGGGUUCUUCUUCUCAAUUUAAGCAAGUCAUAGUAAAGAAAACAAACUGUCCAUAUGAAUUAAGAUUUAUUGACAUCAGAAAUUAUAUAGCGGGUGGAACAUUAGACCAAUUCACUCAAGAUUUCGGAAACAAUAAAUCACGUGUUAAAUCCUUUUUCCCUUAUCAAUUCAUCACAUGGGAGAAUUACGAAGAUGAAUUAUAUAAAAAGGAACCAUUCACUCAAGAUUCAUUUUAUUCAGCAUUAACACAAGAAACAAUAUCCGAUUCAGAUUAUCAAAUAUAUCUCAAUGAUGCUAAAAAUUUUGAGAAUAGAUUAGAAUAUUUUAUUCAUUAUUGCAAUAAAGACGUUGAAAUUAUGAUUGACCCAAUUGAUAAAAUUAUCGAAGAAACAUUUGUUUAUAAAAUUGACAUGCUUCAUAAUCUUUCUUUAUCAUCGAAUGCAUCAAUGAUUCGUUACGCGUUAGCAUAUAAGAACUUCAAUCCUAACGAAACAUAUCCAGAAGAAGAAAAUGUGGAAUCAAGUUUUGAAUUAACAAAAAAGUAUUGGAAAUAUAAAAUUGAUUCAUAUAAGAAACAAGAUGAAAAGGCGAAAAGAGAUACCAAAAAUAAUGUUUCAAUGGAUGAUUUUCAAUACUAUCACGAUUUAAUCCUUUCAUCUAAAUGCAAAAUGUGUGGUAAAGCGUUUACAUAUGUAAAUAAACCAACAUUGGAUAGAAUCGAUAAUGAAAAACCACAUACCAAAGAAAAUUGUCAGUUAAUGUGUUGUUAUUGCAAUGUCGUGAAAUCAAAUAAAGAUGAAGAUGUUCAACGUUUAAGAAUCAAUUUAAGAAAUUAUGCAUUAAAAAAUAAUUUACCAAUGACUUUAGAUUCAGUUGAAGCUUAUCACAUUCUCCGUAAUGGAAUUACUGGUGGUCUAUCAAAUGUUCAACAUCGUGUUAAUCUUAAAGGAAUCACGCACAUUAAUAAACUUUCAUAUAAUCCAGAAACUAAAACUGUAUCAAAUGAGGACACCACCAACAUUAUGACUCAUUUCGUUGGAGUUGACUUUAAUUCAUUAUAUCCUUCAUCAUUUUCAUCUAAUCCUCAUGAUUUCAUUCAAUAUACUGACCAUAAAAUGUAUAUGCCGGGAAGAUUGAAUGGUGUUAUCAUUUGUGAUACAGCAACAAAGAAAGCAAAAGCACUGGGAAUAAUUAAGAAGAAAAAUACUUUAUUCGUGGCUGAAGUAAAGGGUCACAUUGAUGAAAAAUACAUUAAUGAUUACAUAAACUUUUUACCGAUAAUAAGAAACUUAGAUAUUAUCACAGAUGAAAAAACAAUUGG